CCCUUGGUCCACAUGCUUGUUGACCUCCUCAGAAUUCUAAUAGAUUGGCGAGGCAUGAUUUCCCUUUACUAUAAAACCACCACUAGUGAUCUCUCCAUUCUCAAAACUGACUUAAAAUCAAUAUAAACCGUUUGCUUUAUUUCUUCAUGUAUGUUCAAGACUGGGUUUGUUAAACAUGCAGGGAAGAAAAUGGAUUGUAAGCUCUUUGGGGCAGAAGCUGUUGCUGUAAGGUACCUAGCACACUAGGGACCUGAGUCAGGACCACUAGGCAUUAACCAUAAUACAAAUGUUAAGUAAUAUUAAGUUUUGAUUUCAAGACUAACAGGUCAUUCUGGGAAAGGGGAUUGUGACAUCAGAGAUAACCUGGCCAAUCAACAUACAGAUGACCAGCAAAUUUGCCUACUGCAAACUGGUUGAUUGCGAGACCACUAGAAAAAGCUUUCUUCUCUAGAUGGUAACACAGGUAAAUUACCUUAGAACUGGCCUUAGGUUGCAGCAGGUAUACUAACUCUGUUUAAGAUGCUGAAAAUCGAUGGUCACAUUGUGUUAGUGAAAUGUAGGCCCUCUGUCCAUGCUUGUGGAAUCAGAGACUUUUUAACCUGGCAGUGGAACUGCUGCUUUUAAGUGUCCUUUUCCUGGUGAGUGACAGAAUGUGUAUAAAGUGACAGAGUUCUGUGGCACUUUAUAGACUAACAGAUGUAUUGGAGCAUAAGCUUUCGUGGGUGAAUACCCACUUCAUCAGACGCACGUAGUGGAAUGUGUAUAAUUCACCUUCUGGUCUAUUUCUGGUGUGAGAAGUAUGAGUUUGUCUCCCAACCUCCCUCCGAGUCCAAGAGCUUACCAGGAUUUGACAUGAGCAGGCUCCAUUAGAUAGGAUUUUUUUAAAGAGGGGCUGGGGAGGAUGAUAGAGAGGUAUUGUUAUGCUUCCAGCCAUAAGCCAGCCUCCAUCUGAAGAAGUUAGUAAGAAACUUCCCAAUGGCUGAGUUGUUCCAUGUUUUCAUAUCACCUGGAUUCUAACCCAUUCUGCUGCAGCGUUUGUUCCUGUAUGCUGUUGGUAAUCAUACUGUGCUGGAUGCUCCUGUCUGAAUUGGACUGGCAAUUCCUCUUUGCUCUGCCUCCCAGGGCGGGGGUGUAGACGAUAGAAAAGGCAUGCACCGCACCGCCAAUGGCUUGGGUAGCUCACAGCAAAAAUGGCCAAUGACACCAAUGUUUGGAUCCUUCAGUGGUGAAAGGUCCCAUUUGUUCCCAUUUUUACUCUUCGCUUUGCAAGAUUUCUGAUCCCACAAUAUUUGAACUCACAAAGAAGCAGUUCAUGUUUACACUGCAGCUGAAAGCAAGCCUCCCAAGCCCAGUAAAGAGACUCGCUACUUGAAACAGAGCUAGCAUGCUAAAAAUCACUGUAGACGUUGUGGCAUGGGUGGAGGCUCAGGCCAGCUGGGGAGGCUUGGAUUUGGGCUGCUAGCUUAUGCUGUAAUGUUUACACUGCUGGUUUUAUGUGUUCCCUCUGAACUAGUGAGAGUCUGUUUAGCUGGGCUGGGACUGACAGUGUCUUAGCUGUUCUCUGCACACCCUUUCCACUCCAACAGAAAUAUUGGCGUAGGCUUCCCUUACAUGCCCUGUAACAAGCCCCUUGCCAUUCUAGUGACGCUGUAAUCUGGUAGGAAGAUAUGGAGUCGGAGCUGCUAGGGGAGAUGCCUGGGUGCUCCCUGGCAGAGCCAGUGCACUGGCAGUUCCUGACUCUGCUGGACACGGUGGGCAGGCGGAAUGGACAGGUGCUAGUGAUGGAGAUGGAUGAUAUACAUGAAGCAGCUCCGCUUGUGCAGAUGGACUUUGCCCAGGAGCUCUUCAGAGGCAUCAACCUAAAGACCAAACUCCACCGGAAGAAGGAAAUCAAGGAGGAAGAGCAGGAGGUGCAACCGCAGCUGGUCUUCAUGCUCUGGCAAGCUGCCACGCUCAGGCAGCUCAUGCAGUGGGAACACCUGGAUGAAACACUCUGGAACUUACGGAAUCUCUUUCCCUGCAUGCCAGCUGCUCUUGUACUGGUGAUGAUCCAGUCAGAUCUGCAGCACCAGCAGGUGGAACCAGAACAGGCAGCAGGGGCACUAAGGAGAAUGCAGUGCUUGCUGGAUGGUGGCUUCCAAGAACUGGUGGUGGAAGCAGCCGUUUACAGCCCAGGCCAACCAGAUGGGACCCUGGAGGUCAAGAGAGCUGCCUGCAGAGCCCUGAGAGAAGUUCUGAAGGGCCAAGAAGAAAUGAGUCCCCAGGAUCCAAUUACCAUCCGGCUCGGCUUGGGGGUGUGCAACACAGGAUACGAAAGACGGUAUGAGGACAGGCUCCAUUAGGACGCAUUGCCAUGUGCCUGGAAGGUCCUGUAUCCAGCUAAGAUCUGAACUGCCACCAAAAUAAAAAACCAAAACCAAAAAAAGCCCUACACAACAAAGAAACUCCACACAUUAAAAUUUGGAGUUUAUUCUCUGUUUGCAUGCCUGUGUGUAUGUUUAAACUUCAAACCAUUUAUCACUUAGAGCAGGGCAGACAAAACGCCCUGGGACAGUUUUCAUGUGAGGAAUUAUGUAAUGACACUGGGCUCGUCUUUAUAUUUACAGCUGCUUAAAUAUUUAUUUUAAACCCUUGACAUCAAAAAUUAAAUAUUUUUUUAAA